GACGCUUUAAGAGAAAUGUUAUUUUAAAGUUUGUUGUGCUAAGUGAACAGUUCGAUAUUAGAAAGUGCAAGAUAUUACAUAUGUACAUAGUUAUAUAAUUAAAUUCAAAUGGCUACUACCUCAUCUAAUGUUCGUGUUAGAUCUAAAACCCUAAUUUAUUUAAUUGGGUAUUCAUCUCAUCAAAUAAUCGGGAGUAAACUGCCAUCUAAUCAUCAAGUGUUAAAGUCAUUGUUUUACAACAUUCGUGAAGUUGGAUUACCUUUUAGUAAUGCUGCAAAACUCACUCUGACGGAAGUUCUUGUGUUCUGGGAGAAAGCUAGAAUACCUUAUCAAUUACGAAAAACUGCUGUUCGCAAAGUCGAAAAAUUAUAUAACGAAUGGAGGGCACUUCAGAAGUGUUCAAGAUUGAAGACAAAACGUCAAGAGGAAAAAAAUCUUGCAUUCACAUCCAAACUGUCCGAUCUUUUUGAUGUAGCAGUGGAAGAUGCCAUUUCAAAAAUGUCUAAUCAGGAAGAUAUAAAUUUUUGACAUAUCAGAUAAUGAAAGGACGUCCAGGCCAUAUGGAAGGUAUCGAUGUGAAUACAGCUCUAGCUGAAGAGCGGCGAUGGCGACAGAUUUCACCAGUAAGCGCUGAUCGAGUUGGUUCUAUUUCAAAAAUGGAGUUAUUUGAAGAAUGGCGAAAAUGUAAAAUAGAGCAAAAUUCCAGGUUAAAUUUUGACAAAAUUUAGUGCUAUAGAUGUAACGUCUGAUACACAGAAGGAUAUAAAGUUUAAAAUUUCGAGUGUUUCGCCAAAAUUUUCCAAAAAAUGGACUGAAGCAAAUAUGAUGAUUGAACGCUUUUUAAACAAAAAUCGCAGUUGGUUAGAAGGAGCAGAUUUACAAUUUCACCUACAAAUGGAACAUCUCUGUCCUACCUCAUCAACUGGAAGCAAUCGUCCUCAAGGUAGACCAAAUACAAAUUUUGAAGAGUCGUCUUUUAAAACGAAAAAACGAAGGGUUGAGGACUUACUAGAAUCGCGAGGUGCCAUCGAGUUGAUCCUAGCCGCUGAAGUAGCAAAUCGCUUGGAGGGUAAUAGAAACAUAGCUACUUCGAUUAGAGAAAGUUUGAAAUCUACAGAAAAAAAGAAGUCUGGUAAUACUACAUGCGAAGGCAGGCAAUUGACAAGUGAUGAGGCAUUAGCUUAUUAUGUGGAUUCUAAGUGCACAAGAUAAAGUGCACAAGGAAAAUAUAUAUUCUAAUUCGUCAUUCACACUAAUCAGCGAAUGGGGAUGAGACGGAAGCUCCGCCCAUAGCGCUUAUAAACAAAAAUUUGAGAACUGCGAUGCUACUGAUGAGUAUCUGUUUGUUUUUGCUAUUGUUCCAUUGAGAUUGAGUGACGAUGCCAGCCAAAAUAUUUUAUGGCAAAAUCCGCGGCCUUCGUCCACUCUUUAUGUCGCCCAAUUAAGCUGAUUUUUUCAAAGGAAACAACUGAUUUUACUACAUCAGAAACUAACAAGGUUUUGGAAAAAGCAUCUCAACUUCUUCCAACACUAUGUGAUAAUCGCGGUUCUCAAAUUUCGGUAAAACAUAAUCUUUUACUUACAAUGGCAGACGGAAAAGUAUGUAAUGCUUUAACUGGUACACUUUCUUCACAAAAAUGUUACAUCUGUGGUGCUACUCCCAAACUGAUGAAUGGCGAAUUAAAAGACGUAGUGGUUAAAAAAAAACAUUACAGUUUAGGUUUGUCUACUUUGCACGCCUGGAUUCGUUCCUUUGAAUGCAUGUUACACAUUUGUUAUUGUUUGGACAUAAAAAAGUGGCAAGCUAAGAGCGAUAUAGAAAAGGCUAGUGUAAAACAGCGUUCGGAAGAAGUAAGGCAAAAGUUUAAAAACCAGAUGGGACUUAUAAUAGACACACCGAAACCUGGAUAUGGGAACUCUAAUGAUGGGAAUACGGCCCGCAGGUUCUUUAUGAAUCCGGACCUGAGUGGAGGGAUUACCGGAUUGGAUAUUAAUCUAAUUAAAAAUUUUAGCAUUUUAUUGAGAACGCUAUCCUCCGGCUACGAUAUUAAUUGCAAUAAAUUCGAAAAUCUUUGUUCCAAAACCAGAACCCUUUAUCUUAAUUUAUAUUCGUGGUACUAUAUGCCUGUCACGGUACACAAAAUCCUGGUACAUAGUACGGAGGUAAUUAGAACUUGUAUUCUUCCUAUCGGGCAACUCUCGGAGGAAUCUCAAGAGGCCCGUAAUAAGGACUGCCGUAGAUUUCCCAGAAAGCAGUCACGUAUAGCCACGAAUAUAGAUUUACUACAUAUGCUUUUAAUAAUAUCCGAUCCGGUAAUCAACUCACUCAGAAAAGUUCCCAAAAAGAGAACAGAUAAAUUACCGGUGGAAGUUCUAAAUUUAAUUGUACAGCCUUCAAUACUAUCAAAAGUACCACGCCAGGUAACAUGUGACCAUGACGGUAAGGAUUAUGUAGUAUCUGAUUCAGAUGAAUCUAACAGUGAUGAUUAGUUAUUUAAUGAGUAAUGAUGUUGUAGUAUUAAACAUUUUGUUGUUGUGUGUUAUUGUUAUUUUUAUGUUAUUGUUAAUAUUAGGUCUGUUAGUAGAAAACCCUUUUAUUAGUCAGUUAUUGUUAUUUUUAUGUUAUUGUUAAUAUUAGAUCUGUGCGUAGAAAACCCCUUUAUUAGUCAGCUCGCUUCUCAUUAGUUGAAAUGUAAUGGACUUACAAACAGAUUUCUAUGCAUUUCAACCAAUUAAAAACGCGAUGAUUAGUAACAGAUUUUCUACGAACACACCUAUUAUUGAUAUUAUAAUUUUCUCUACGUUCAAAUAAAUGUUGUGUGUUCUGAUAUUUAAAAAAAUAAUUAAAUAUAUUUUUUAAACAAUUC